CGCCUCCAGACUGCCUGCUAUGGUCGACUCGGCCCUUCCAAAACGGGGUCCCGGGACUGGCGACCCUUUUGGAGCUCCUGAAUCGACCAUAGCACGCAGUCUAGAUGCGACGUAGACGGUUUUUCUGGGGUUUUUUGUUGGUCAGGGCCACUUUUUGACCGUCUACAUGGACCAUGCCAUGCAGUCUAGUGUCGAUGUAGACGGUUUUUGGGGUACCUUGGAAAUUUGGCCUUGGAGGCAGGCAAAAUUUCCGAGCUCCGGUUUUUUUGUUCAAAAUGGUGAGCAGAUAAGUCGCAAAAUUUGAACAGCAGACGAAUUCCCUAGAGACAAUCAACACAGUUCGCCAGGGCUUUGCGAGGGUUUUGCGAGCCGUGAGCAGGCGCAUCGCUUCACUGUCAAUCAGCUUCGCCUCCGCCAACUGGGUUAGCGCCUUAUUUGCGGCGGCCCAGCCCUCUCGCAGGGAAACCCUGCUGACGUUCCCGCCGGAGAAUUGCCUGACUCUCAGCCGGAAAGUUGCAGACUCCACCCAGCCGGCCUGUUUCUGGGGCGUUACAACCCCGGGCCAGGAACAGUGGUUGUCCAGACAGGUCUCCUCGAACGGCACUUGAUGGAUCGGCAGGACGGCGCCCAGACCUUUUGCACAAGCUAGCGCAAAUGAAUUAAGCUACAAAGGAGUCCCGCAAUAGCUAGCCAUGUGAGUGCGUGUUCUUAUGGCAUUCGUAAUAUCCUCUAGGGUGCUCACAAAAUUUUUUUGUUGCAUUUUCUUAAAACCGUCUACGUCUACACUUUUUCCUGUGAUACGAGUUUGUACCGAUCUACAGAUCCGCACAAGCUGAAACAAUCUCAUUCACUCCUUUAUGGCUCGCUUUGGCUUUUAUGGUUUCUCGAUCUCGAUCUCGAAGAGAUGCUAUCGCGAAGGAGAAGGACAACAAUAAGACAAAAACUCGAACUCCUGUGCUGUAAAUAAGAUCACGCCCGUUCUUCUUGCAGAGUAUGGAUCUUUUUCACCACCGGCUGCAUAUGAAGUGAUUUUGGAUCAAUUUUGUUUCACCAAAGUAUGUCCAUGGUUUAUCUCUUCCAACUCCAAGCAUACCAACAGGCGACACCGAAAAUCUACUAUUUUUAAACUGCGAACAAAUAUUGCUUCACCGAAAAAAACGACCUGUUUUCUUAUCGUAUCUCUUAGCGACUCCGACCUCCGACGCCAAAUAAAGAACAUGUCGGCCAUCGGCAAGAAGCGCAGUCCCGGCGAGUUUAUCCAGGGCGUUGUCGGGAAGGCGGUAAUAGUAAAGUUGAACAAUGGGACUGACUACAGGGGCGACUUGACAUGCUUGGACGGGUACAUGAGAGAAAAUCGAGAUUUGUUUUUCCUUUUUUUUUUUUCGUAGUAAACCACGAUAGUGUGUCCUCGUACUUAAAAACACCUCAUCAACUGCUGUUUCGGUUCCCUUUCGUCCCCAUAACAAACUGACAUUCCCAAAACGACCAAAACCAGGUACAUGAACGUGGUCCUGGACAAUGCACAGGAAUUUAGCCCAACCGGUGCUGUGGUCGCAAACUACUCAAGUAACUUGUUCCUCCGAGGGAACAAUGUUCUCUACAUAUCAGCAGACGAAGGGGAUGGGGAAAGGUAAAGACGAACCAUUUGUAUCACACAACGACCGACAGAAGAACAAGUACAACUCUGACAAAAUAUUACUUGAUUACAGAGUAGAACGCCAACGCGCAACCGCAACAUGAUAAAAAGCAU